CUCAUCAAUCAUGGAUACCAAUAAUAUUAAUAAUAACAAGUUCCAUCCACUCUAUCCUACCAACAAGAAAUCACUCUGGGAUAUUGAUAUCCCACCCCGGAAGCUCCUCAGCCGCCGUGCUUCUGCCUCCUCACCUGAGUCGUUUUUGGACGCCAUGCCCCAGACCGAGUCUCCUCGGGUUCUGCCCGAGGAGACCUUAUUAAGGAAGUUUCUUCCUUACAAUACUUCGGAUGAUGAAGAUGGUGAUCCUUAUGCUGCUGACCAUUUUCGUAUGUACGAGUUCAAGGUUCGGAAGUGUACGCGGAGUCGGUCACAUGAUUGGACCGACUGCCCGUUCGCUCACCCCGGCGAGAAGGCUCGCCGGAGGUGUCCGCGCCGGUAUAACUACUUAGGUACCGUGUGCGCGGACUUUCGCCGUGGGAAUUGUAGUCGUGGUGAUUUGUGUGAGUUUGCUCAUGGUGUUUUUGAAUGUUGGCUUCAUCCUUCCCGUUAUCGCACUGAAGCGUGCAAGGACGGGAAGAAUUGUCAGCGGAAGAUUUGUUUUUUCGCUCACACGCAGCGUCAGCUGCGUGUGGCGCCCCCGGAGCCUGCUCCGGCGGCGAAGAAGUAUCAUGCGGAUACUUCUCAUUGUUGUGCACAUUGUCGGUGCCAUUUAGAUGCCCAUCAUACUAAUUCACCGACAUCAACUCUUAACCUUGAUCUAGACAAUCUUUCACCUCCGGUAUCGCCACCUUUCUCUCCGGCCAGGUCCGGAGCCGGGUUUUCCCCUAUCUCCCGGUUCGCGGACCGGCUCGCUAGAGCCGACUCUUUCGGUAUGACCUCGAUGGGAAAUACUAGCUGUAUCCAGCAAGAGACGAUCAAUGAGCUUAUGAGGUCAAUGGAGACGAUGACUGUAGAGGAGAAUGAGUUUCAAAGCUUGAACCAUCCAUGGAUGGAUGGUAGCUUCAACGGCAGCGGUGGUGUUGGUGGUGAACGGCAGUUUACGAUGACGAGUGGUGAUCAUUUGAGGCAGAAUGGUUAUAAUGAGAGCUCAGUGAAUGGUCCUGAUCUUGGAUGGGUGAAUGAUCUCCUGACUUAGAUGCAACAAGCAGUGUAAAUGAGGAUGAUGAGGAUGACGAUGACGAUGAUGAAGAUGUUGAUUAUUAUUUGAAGUUAUUAUUGUUGUUGUUAUGAUUAUGGAUGUGUAUUUUUCGUGUUCUCUAAUAUUUGAUGUGAAAUUGUAUCGGAUAAUUUGAAGUUUGUAUGAAAAAGGAUAUUUUGAUGAUAA